AGUCUUGGCUUGCCGGCCAAAAAUAGUCGGCACCGCGCGACGACACCACCGAACCAGCAUCGAGAGAAAGUGGAUUAUGCAUACAGUAUAUCUGGAGACCGAAGUUUUCAAUUGAGACAUGUCCCACCCAGAAUCCCUUAAGCUACUCGGACAUCGCCCAUUGCCUUUUUCAAUCCAUACGCACCUUCGCUAGUCACGUGAGCAUCCCUUCACUCGACAUCAUGGAUGUUCAGAUCCGCAUCAAAGGCGAUACCAGGAUACUCUCCAGUGGAGAUGCCGUUUCAGGAAAUGUCCAAAUUUUCUGCGCGCAUCCGACGACAAUCUUCAAGCUCACAGCAAACUUGAUAGGCGAGAGCAGGUCUUCCUUGACCGGCGCACCAGGAUUAUUAUUCUCGCGAAGGGAGGAAGAAAAGCACAUCAUCAUGCGAGAUCAGCAUCACAUAGUACCAGACAUGCAUACACCAAAACCAAAUAGGCUGGAGGCUGUUCAACUUGGUGUAGGGUGUCACAGCUUCGACUUCUGUUUACGGAUACCGUGGGUCCAGGAAUGCUCUACAUGCCCACUCAACACUCCAGUGGGAAGUCCAGAUGAAAAGGACAUAAUAAUCUCUUCCUCGAGACAGCAGCUUCCACCAUCGAUGAGCGGGCUUGAGAAGGGCACCGAGAUUGCGUACCGCGUCGAAGUUGCUGUCACCACUAUCAAGAAUAUGUUCAAGAGCAAAACAUCGAAGACCUGUCCAAUCACUAUCUGGCCUCUCGAUAUGGAGCUAGGACAGCGUGAUUUCAAGCCAGCAUCAAGCAUAGCGACUACGACGGCCCGUGCAACGAUCCUUGGUCCUAGCUCGCUACCAUUAACGUCGCAAAUCCUUUCGAACGACACCUAUGGUCUUGCUCCAGCCGAGAUUCUCAUUUCAGCGCAAGUUCGAUCAAACUUCCAACUCAUCCAAUCCACGUCUACACCAUCAAAGCAUCGCAAGAUCGCCAUGAAUUUAUCUGUAAUCAGACUCAACCAUCAUCCGCAAGAUCUGUAUCUCCAGUCCUUUCAAAUGCUACUUGUCGGUUACACAGACAUCCAAGCAGGUGCAGCUUCGCACGGACAAAUGACGUUCUGGACUUUGCAAUCCCUCAGCAAUAUCGGCUUACAGAUCUUUACAGCUUCAGAUGCAUCGGGAAAACAGCGCGAGAUCAAUUCGAGACUUUGGGACAGUGUAGUACUCGACGACAGCGUCGUACCAGACUUUGAGACUUGCAACCUGGCAAGAAGAUAUGAGCUUGAGGUGCUUAUGGGCUGGCAGUGCCGAAGCGGUGAACAUGCUGGGAGAGUGUUCCUUGUUCAAGUGAGAACACCGGUGCGCAUCUCGUCUGGCAUACUCACUGGAAGACAAGGCAUCAAGGCGGUUUCGGGUUCAACGAAGGACGAUUUGCAACUUACACAAGGCUGCCAUGAGAUGCAAAGCCUGAGGAACGAUGAUCAGCGGUUUUCGGCGCCUCCGACCUACGAGGAAGCUGUUCGAGCAGCAGUUAACGAUGGGUUGAAAGGCUUUGGAACGAGGAAUACUGGUGGCCGGUGAUGUUCACCGCUUUCGUUGCACUCUGAAGACUGACCCAUAGCCUUCAAUUAAGGCUGCCAGCAAUUGUCCGUACCUUCGUACAGUCAAGCUUCAGUAAGAGUGUUGAUUUGCAACUAGAGCUGCAGUGCUUACCUACCUUCCCAAUUAGCGUAGCCUUAUCGUCCCGCAUGCACCUCGGCUGCUUCCAUAUAUCCGCAUCUUAAUCCAGAGUCUUAUCACUCAACAUCAAUGGCGCCCUUU